GCUGGAGAGGAGAGGUGAGCAGCUCUCUGCUGGUCCGCUCACCGCGGCUGCUUUCUCCGCCUCGGCUCCACAACACGCGCGGCUUCUGCUCCACAGCUGGGCGCAUUGUACUCAAAUUAACACAAAUAAGAAGAAGAAAAAACAACAUAGUCAUUGGCGUUUCUGUCCUCUGACCUGACACCCAAAACUACCUCGUUUUUUCACCCACUCUGGCGGGGCUUUUGCGCGUCGUUGGAUGAUACCGCUCCACUCUCCUCCACCUGCAGCCCACACAGCAAAGUGAAGCUGCAGCAUCUCCACAUUCCUGCGGACUGGACCUCAGUUCAUCCCAAAGGUGCUGCAGGAUGCAGGGGGUAUUACCUGUGCGUGGACUGCAGCCCUUCCUGGCCCUCCUCUUGCUGCAAACUGCUGGAUGUGGUUUAACCAAUGCUGACGCCAUGGUAAAUAUGCGGAAGGUGACCCAUCAGACCAUCAGCGAGGAGCUGUCGAAAACCGUUCUGCUCCCUUGUCUCUUCACCCUCCGGCCCAGUGCCACUUCAUCCCAUGAACCUCCAAGGAUCAAGUGGACCAAAGUAUGGGGCCAGAGAGGAUCUGAUGGUCUGCAGAAGGAACAGUCGGUCCUCGUGGCCAAAGACAAUAUUGUCAAGGUGAAGAAGGCGUUCCAAGGUCGUGUAUCGCUGCCUGGUUACAAUAAGAAUCGCUACAAUGCCAGUCUGGCUCUGAGCGGGCUCCGCUCCAGCGACUCUGGUCUGUACCGCUGCGAAGUCGUGGUGGGGAUCAAUGACGAGCAGGACACGGUUCCGCUGGAGGUCACAGGCGUGGUGUUCCACUACCGAGCCCCUCACGACCGCUACGCCUUGUCCUUCGCUGAUGCCAAGAGGGUUUGCGUAGAGAAUUCAGCAGUCAUUGCAACACCAGGUCAGCUCCAGGCAACCUUUGCCGAUGGCUAUGACAACUGUGACGCUGGCUGGUUGAAUGACCAGACUGUACGGUAUCCCAUUCAGUCGCCUCGGCCUGGUUGCUAUGGCGAUCGUGAGGACUCACCUGGGGUUCGUAACUACGGCAAUAGGUUCCCUGAUGAGCUGUUUGAUGUCUACUGCUUUUCUAAAAAGCUUCAAGGUGAAGUGUUUCACUCCACAGUGCCAGAUAAGCUGGGUCUUGCCACUGCCUCCACCCACUGUCACUCCCUGGGAGCCCAGCUGGCCACGGUUGGGCAGCUCUACCUGGCCUGGCAGGCUGGCCUGGACCAGUGUGAUCCUGGCUGGCUGGCAGAUGGCAGCGUGCGCUAUCCCAUUAAUGUCCCCCGGAAGAACUGUGGUGGAGAUGAGCCCGGGGUGCGCACUGUCUACAACAACCCUAAUCGCACCGGCUUCCCAGACACCGCCGCCCUCUUUGAUGCCUACUGCUAUCGAGCCCACCAUCCAGCUGGGAUCCAGGCUGCAGAGGCACAGCCUUUGUAUUCGACUGCUGCACCGACAGAGACUUUCACUUCAGUCACUGAGGCCAAGAGUAACUCCUCCUUACCCAAUACUUCCACCUGGACUGGUCCUGUCGACCUAAACAAAGCAGAACUCAACAACUCUUCUGACACCUCUGAAGAGCACACAGUCCUCGACGUAAGGCCUGAAGAUGGUUGGGAUGAAAGUCAGAAUGGAUCCAGGACCAGCCUAUCCAGGCAGGAUGAGUCUGAGAGCCCAAAGAGCAACAACACCUUUCCUGAUCUUGAAAGCCCGGAGAACCACGGAGGUUCUGCCCACGAUGAAGAGGAUGGCAGCAACUUUGGAUCAGACACCUCAACAUUGUCCUUCAUGGCUUCUUCCACCCACCAGCCUCAGACGAGUAAUAGUAUUCUUACUGAAUUUGUUCACACUCUUCUGAGACCCUUCACGUACUGGACAAGGAGCAAAGAAGCUAACGAGACAGAGAAGGACACUACGGUGUCUGAGGAAAAGGCAGGAAAGAACCAGACACAGGGCGAAGCAACCAGCAGAAACCUGAGCAUUCCCAGACCCAGUGGAAAUAAAGGCAGCAUGGACAACGCCAUCAUGGAGUAUAGAAGAGGCACGUUUUCCUUGAAGGGUCCAACAAGCGGACUGCCAAGUUCAGAAGAGGGUCUUUCUGAGCAGGAAAAAGAGCUGAUGCCCUUGGUUAAACUUGUACCUGCCAUCCAAACUACAGAGCAAAGUCACACCACCACUCAUCCUGUGGAAGAGCCUGCCAGCACGUUCACUGACAUCCCUCAAUCCACUGCCACAGAAAGCUCGACAUCAGAUCUCAGUGCCAACAUAUCCAACCCUCAGGCCACCAGACAAGGCGCUGACAUUGCCACCACUCCCACUCCACAGUAUCGGUGGGCCAUGAAAUCCAUGCGUGGUCCCAGACUGGGGCGUCCAGGAAAUGAGGCCUACGCGGGCAAACACUCCUCUUGGGAGCCAAUGGAAGCAAAAGCUGGGGCCCUGGAGGUGAUGGUCCUGCCUACCUCUAUUCGACAGGACAACCUGGAAAACUAUUCUGGAGAGGGCAAGGAACAGGAUAGAGAAGAUGCUGUCGGAGGGAAAGCUGUAUCAGGAGAGGAGAAGGAUGCAGAUGGGAGUGGAGAAGGAGUCACCUUUCCUGGUGGAUUUGAACUUUCAGACAAAAACGUGAAUAGCACCCUUGUCAAUCUGAGCCCUACAACCGUAUCUUCACCGAACCCAACUGAUUUUGUGACUGUAGUUGAGCACACAACCCUGUCCAAGUGGCAGCUUGUUGAACAAGCCACCACCCCACCUCAGACCUCUCUGGAGCCACACACCGCACAGGAGGCCAGGGGAGAGACCUCCUAUGUUCACAAUCCCUACAAUCUCUCCUCCGCCUACACACACAAAGAGGAUGGUAGAUCAAACUCUGGCUUUAACUUAGCCUUCAGUAAGCAGAGCAAAGCUGAGAACAGAAAAGACGGAAUGACUACCACAACUGAAGCAUUGUGGGAGGCGUUGACAACUUCUCAGGUGACCACAGUGGAGCUUUUGGAUGUUGAUGAACAUUGGAUGGAUUCUGCUACUACAGGAACCAACAAAGUGGGUUUGACAGCAGAGGAGCCAUCGGUUUCAAUUUCGUGGAUUCAGGAAGAGAAGGAAAAAAGUGCAAGUGUAUCCCAGCUGCAAAGCCACUUCUCUGUGACUACUGCACCCACUGGUAGAUCUCAUACUGGAGUUGAACGUUUGAUCCCCACUACAUCAGACUCUGAGGCUGGCACCACACAUAUAAAAUCUACUGAGUCCUUUGCUGUGGGAACUAAUUCAACACCUUUGAAAAAUUCAAAGUCGGAGGAACAGAAAACCUCAGAUACAACAGAGAACAAAGACACGAAUAACCCGUUUGACAUCCUUGAACCCAACUGGGCGUUUGGCCUUUUCCCGUCAGUGGAGAAUAACCCAUGCCAGACCAAUCCUUGUCUCCACGGUGGGAGCUGUCUGCAAGAAGGCGAUGGCUAUAGCUGCUACUGUCCUCAGGGCUUCUCUGGAGAGAGCUGCGAGAUCGACAUUGAUGACUGCCAGUCCAAUCCGUGCCAGAAUGGAGGAACCUGCAUCGAUGAGAUCAACUCCUUUGUGUGUCUUUGUCUACCGAGCUACGGUGGAGCUACUUGUGAAAAAGACACUGAGGGCUGUGAGCACUCAUGGAGGAAAUUCCACGGCCACUGCUACAGGUAUUUCAGCCGCAGACACACCUGGGAGGAUGCUGAGAGGGACUGCAGGGAGCACAGCGGCCACCUGGCCAGCAUCCACAGCGCAGCUGAACAGAACUUCAUCAGAGCUCUGAGCCAUGACAACACCUGGAUUGGCUUGAACGACCGUACCGUGGAGGAUGACUUUCAGUGGACGGAUAAGAUGGAUCUGCAAUAUGAGAACUGGCGCGAAAACCAGCCGGACAACUUCUUUGCUGGAGGAGAGGACUGCGUGGUCAUGAUUGCUCAUGAGAACGGCAAAUGGAAUGACGUACCCUGCAACUACAACCUGCCUUAUGUUUGCAAGAAGGGAACCGUGCUUUGUGGAGCUCCUCCCACCGUGGACAAUGCCUUCCUGAUUGGUCGAAAGCGUUCGCACUACGACAUCCACUCCAUCGUGCGCUACCAGUGCGCCGACGGCUUCCUGCAGCGCCACGUUCCCACUGCUAAGUGUCGCGCCAACGGCAAAUGGGACCGACCCAAAAUCAUCUGCAUAAGAUCGGCCCGGCGAGCCCAUCGCUACCGACGCCACCACCACAAGGGGAGGAAGGAGCGCAGAAAGCACAAGAGGCACGGCCACAGAGAGGGAGGUCGCCACGGAGGAGAGCAGGGCCACAGCCACACCCGCUUCUGAACCAAAACAAACCACACCCUCUUUCCUCUUCUCCUCUGCUGUCAACUGCAGUUUGCCUGUGUCCCCGCCGUCCCCAUCCACCCUAAACACCACUUCACUAUUACAGCCCCGACCGCUCCGCCCCGGUCCCUACGCUACGCCCCCAUGCCCUCGGCCCCACUCCUGGCUCCCGGAGUAACAGUACCACAGUCAGCUCUGAGGCCGGCCCAAGUGCUGCCAGCUGUCACCAGGACUAUAAAAUAAACCCUUGGUACUCUUUUUGCUCUAUUUUUCUGCUUUACUUUUUGGUCCUAACUCUUCUUUCUCUCAUCUACCCUCUUACUUGAUCCAAUUACGCUCACCUCGGGCUCAACGCGGGGCUAUGUUGACCUGUUUUUCAGACAAAAAAAAAAAAAUAACACCUUUGAAUCCACCCUGAACAUUCUUCGGAGAGAAGUGGUUUAGUACAAACUGUAAAUAGGGAUGACAUCACUCAAAACGCCGUAUCUAAGCCAGACGAGUCAAUGAAUACAUCGUGUUGUUGACUUGAGCCUUUUGAUUUCUGAACACGUGGUUAUUUUUUACAAAUACUCAGUGCUUCUUUCCGGACUGAUGUUUUUGGUUUUCCCUUUGUAAGACAUUGUAUUAGACUUGCAGCGUCAUUGAAUUAUUCUGAAAUGAAUUUGAUUGAUUUUGGAACUGGAAGCCGCCGUAAUUUAAUUGUUUGAUUGUUAGCGAUGUAUCUUCUUGUCGGUGUGAGACAGUUACUUUAGAUCAGGUGAUAAACCCCCAGAGGAAAAAAAAAAAGGAAAACAUCCCCCGUCCCCGUGCAGUUUCAUCACAUCACACAUCAGUCACUUUGCAGAAGUGCUGAACGAUCUCAUGCGGUCCCUGCUGUGUCAGACAUCCAGAUCUGUCACUGCCAGAGGUUAAUCUGCAUGUUUGAUGUCACUUUGUCUCAACUCAGCUCAGCACUCCUGCAUUUGUUCUCUUUUGUCAUAAUUUGUGUUGCUGCAGGGAUGCGUUGUGUGAAUUAUUCAAGGGGAUGCAGCAGGGUGAAGUUCCACUAAUGCAGCAAUCUUCAGCAGGUUUUUAUUUAUAUUAGAAAAUUAGAGCCACACGCCAAGAGAGCAACCUUCACUGCAAAAACACCGCCCAGCCCAUGAAUCAAAUCCUCUUACUCAGCAUCUCUAGGCGUAUAUAAUGCAUUGUAUUAUUGUUUAUGAGAAUGAGUAAGUAGGAAAAACAUUUUAAACAAACACACAAAUAGGCAUGCAUUUGUUUCACUUUCUUCAUGAUUCCUAAUUUGUUGCUGCAGUUGCUUUGUUUCUGUCCAUCUAGAUUUUCUCAUUCCUCCAGUUCAUUGUCAUCGUGCACGUAUGCAGCGCUGUGCGGCUGAUAGGAACUCCCACCUUCUUUGCAAUAUCACUGUAAUUUACUUUUGUGCUUAAUUAUUUUGUUAGAUUGCUGCAUGCCUCAACUGCAGAGCACUGCUCUAUGUAUAAAUAUGGAUGUGUAGGCCAAUAUUAGAUGUGUUUUGUUUUUUAAUCAUCUCAAAUGAUCCUGUGCUGAAGCACCAGCCCUUCAUGGUUCAUUCAGUUGCAACUGUUUCAAGUUUGCAAGGAGAGUGAGGAUGGUAAAACUGUUAAAAAUCUUUUUAGGAUUUAUAUUGGCUGCAUUUCAUAUACUGUAACUACUAGCUCUUACACAUGAGACUUACAACGAGUAGCGCUGUUGACAGGCGUCCAGCUCUACUUCAUUUUUGGAGUUUAGCUGCUGUUUUAGAGCAUCUCCCUCGUCUACCCGUCUAUUGCUCAUUAUUAACAUUUACCUUUUAUGGCCUCAUGAAAUUGAGCAGGUGAUGAGAAGAUUUAGCUGAGCGGGUGACAUUGAUAUCCCACCGCAUGAACAUCAAGGGAAGAUCACGUCAGCUUUAUUUAUUCAGAUAUGUCAUUUAUAUUCCAAAAGCUUACUUUUCAAGGCUGCUGGAUGCUCACAAGGUUCAUGACCUCACCUUCAUCUAGCUCACCGAGCCUCACACACACAAGGGUACAAGAAAUGAACGAUGCCGUCACGACAUGGUCUUGGGGUUUUUUACAGCCAGAAAAGACGUUUGAUGCUCAGCACACAGGCAGCUGUAAGAAAAACCAUAGUCUAGAUGCAGGGCCGCCGCAAGGGGUGUGCGAACCGUGCGAUCGCACGGGGCCUCGCGCUAUGGGCCGUUUUUGAAAAAAAAAAAAAAAAAAAAAAUAGAAAAAAAAAUAAAUACAUUUUUUUUUUUCGUUUUUUUUUUUUUGCUUUUUUCCCUUAUAAAUAUCAACAGUCACGUUCCAUUACAGACCUAAAUGUGUACUAGUCUGUGCAUAUCAAUAAAUAUAUGUGCAAUGAUGCGCGUGUCUGUUGUUCAAUACAACUGAUCAGACCAAGCGCAGACACAAGCUGCUCUGAUCCAGACGGUGGAGUUGGAACAAACUGUCACACAAUGUCGAGAGAACGAGACAGAAUCAGGAAAUUUCCAUCAGGAGAUGAAAAAAGUAAAAAACUAAAAAAAA